AUGCCGCCCCGGCCGGCCUUGAACCCAGACCCAGCCACUGGAGCUUGGGCCCGGGCCCCUGCCCCCGCCCCAGCGCCCGGCCUCGCCAUGCGUGGGAAGCUGCUGCCGCUGGCCGGCCUUUACCUGGUGCAGGGCCUGCCCUAUGGGCUGCAGUCUGGGCUGCUGCCCGUGCUGCUGCGGGCCCGCGGCCUCUCCCUGACAUGCGUGGGACUGGCCAAGGCGCUGUACGCACCGUGGCUGUUCAAGCUUGUGUGGGCCCCGCUGGUGGACACUCGGGGCUCCCCAAGGGCCUGGCUGACGCUCAGCACAGCUGCUCUGGGCCUGGUGUGGGGGCUGCUGGCAUCCCACCCUCCCGCCGCAGCUGGUCAGGCCGGUCUGCCUGUCAUGGUGGCGGGGCUGCUUCUGCUGCUUAAUCUGGCUGCAGCUGUGCAGGAUGUGGCCCUGGACAUGCUGGCUGUACGCCUCCUGGAGCCCGCAGAGCUGGGGCCUGGCAACACUGUGCAGGUGGUCGCAUACACUGGGGGCGGGCUGCCGGCCUUUGUGCCCACCCUCUCCUGGCCCCUGCUCUUUCUGCUCCUGGCUGCCACUUAUUGGUUGGCUGCCGCCUUGACCUGGGUGGCACCAGCCCUGCGACAGCUUCCCACACCUCUGCCCUCAGAACACCCCCGACACACCCUGCACCUUGGGCAGGACUUGCUGGCCGUGCCUGGGACCCUGUGGACAGUGGGCUUCGUGCUCACCUACAAGCUGGGUGAUGGGGGCACCAGCAGCCUGUUCCCACUGCCCUUGCUAGACUGUGGCAUCUCUGCCCCAGAGCUGAGGCUGUGGAAUGGUGUGGGCGCUGUGGCCUGCUCCAUUGCUGGCUCAUCCCUGGGGGCCCUCCUGGCCAGGCACCGGCAGCCACUGCCCCUGUUGAAGUCAGCGCUUCAUUUCCGUCUUGGGGGCCUUGCCUACCAGACUGCCGUGGUCUUUCACCUGGACAGCCCUGGGGCCAGCCUGGCCCCCAGCACAGUCCUGAGAGGGGCAGCCCUGCUGAGCCUGUGUCUGCAGCACUUCCCAGGGGGCCUGGUCACAACCACCACCUUCACUCUGAUGAUGCGCUGCAGCCAGCUGGCACCAAGUGUCCUGCAGGCCACACACUACAGUCUCCUGGCCACUCUGGAGCUGCUGGGGAAGCUGCUGAUGGGCACGCUGGCUGGAGCCCUGGCGGACAGCCUGGGGCCACGCCUCUGCUUCUCCGUCUUCCUCGCUCUCUCAGCUGCACCCAUGCUGUACCUGGGCCUUGCACCCAACACUCUGGCCUGA